AUGUCCCUAAAAACUGUCAUCAAAGAAAUCUUCAACGCUAAUACGAAUUUUCAAAAUGCUCAACAAGCGAUGAACUUCGCACAUUCUUUGGAUGCUUUGUCGGGAGAUUUGUAUACUGAUCCGAUGCGGUUUCUUUUCGAAUUGAUUCAGAAUAGUGAUGAUGCGUACAAAGAUCAUCCGACGAAGAAUCCGUUACUACGUUUGACUGUGAUCGACGAAGGUUAUUUAAUCGUGGCCAAUUAUGGUAAAGGCUUCGAUAAGAAUGACGCUCGAGGUGUGUGCGGUGUUGGAUGUGGAACAAAACGGAAAGAUCGAGACAAAACAGGUUAUAAGGGUCUAGGAUUCAAAGCCGUUUUCGGUCAAUCAGAAUAUGUUUUAAUUGCCUCCAAAGGUGAAUAUUUUCGUUUUGAAGCGGGUGCGAAGGAAUUUCAAUGGAACAUCAAAUGGGGAAAAGAUCGUGCAAGUUGGGAAGUGAGUAGUGGGCAAAAGUUCAAGUUUCCCUGGCAGAUAUGUCCGAUAUGGACGGAGAAAACUGAAUUACCCGUGCCGAUUCAACAGUGGUUAUUUUCUCAACCGGAGGCAGUCGCGUGCAUUAUCCGCGUGGCUAAUAUAUCGGAGAUCAAAAAAUCAUUAAGAACGUUAAUCGAUCAGGCACACGUGUUUAUGUUUCUUCGACGCGUUCGAAAUAUUCGAAUAUCGAUGGAUUCAUCCAAUGAAACUGUACUCCAGAUCAGCCAAUUGAAAGAUAAAUCGAUCAAGAUUUGGAAUGCAGAUGGAAAUCUCAGCUCACAUUGGUUGUUACAUUCGUGUCUGUUACCUGUUCCCAAAGAAGCGCUGAAAGACAGUCGUCUGCCGGAAAAACUAGCAGGAAUCGAAGAAAUCGAUUUGACUUUGGCGAUAAAGAUUAAUCAGAAUGACUGUUUUGUACCUGUGAGAGGUAGUGACAGUAUUCUGUUUGCCUACCUUCCCACAAAAAUUUCCAUGUACAAUCUACCAGUUCUAGUCAAUGCUCAAUUUGAUAUUAACGCCAGUCGAGAACACAUACGAAUAGAUUCGUCCUGGAAUCAGUGGCUAUUCUCAUGCAUUCCUGAACAAAUGUUCAAAUGGGUCCAAACUCUAACGAAGGACCAGAAAUGGACGGAUAAAGCGUACGACUUAUUACCCAAUCGCUUAUCAGUGAAAGACCAACUUGCUGAACAAUACAAUAAAGCACUCGACAGCAGUGUCAAAACAGUUCCAUUCUUGUUCGGGAUCCACAAAAAUUCGUUACUGAUUAGUCAAGCAGUUGUUGAUUUAACCCUCUUUUCAUCGGACGAUUGUCUUGGGCAUGAGCUCGUUCGAGAUUACGUUGCGCAAACAUCAUCACCACCAUUGCGUUUGCCGGCAAACCCUUUCGUGCGUAAUCACCAUCGACUUCGAAACCUAGGAAUUCAACAAUUCACUUGGGAAAAAUGCUGGCAAAUGUUACAUUCACCAUGGUUUUUAACUCGAUUGAAUUCUGACCGAGCAAUGAUNAAAAAAUACAUCCGAUAA